GGUGUAUUUUCAGUUACCUUAUAUAAUCAAUGCAACUGCUAAAUGCAUUUCCAUCAGGUCAUAAUUUGAAGUGGCUUGACCUUGGGAACCAAGUGUUGUUUGUUGUUGUGAACCGGUACAAUAUCCCUGACGCACUAAAUGGUCAUCUACUGAAAAAUGAGCUACAUUAGCGUUAGCAGAUCAAAGAGCGAGCAGGUAGUGCGAAGCUACUUGUAUGUACACUCAUACAUGAAAUACCCUGCAUGUGUUUCAGACGUGUUCAUUAAAAUAUCCUCAACUGUCUCCGUCUGUCGUCUUCUCGGUUUUUCAUCAUAGUUUUAGCUAACUUAUCUACGGAACCUGUUUUUGUGGUUUCGAGCGGAACGUUGGCUAACGUAAGAUACCGUUAGAAACGAGGUAUAACGGUAAAAAAAAGAAUCUCGAAUGUUGACAUUGCACCUAUAGUGGCUAUGCACUAAUAAUUUGCAACGUGUGCGGACCGCACUGAAAACAAACAAAGGUAGCUGCAGCCCCAUCACCUGGAUCAUCUUAGGCCCGCAGAAUGGCUGCUGCAGGACCAAGUACGUCCAAGACGGAUCCCAUAGAUAUUUACAGUGAUCUAGGUCAAAACGACGAGGAUUUGGAAAGAAUUGCUGAAGCAAAUGAGCUUUUUGAUGCUGUUCUGACUGGCUCAGUCGAUCAGGACAAGAAAGUCACAACGCCUCCUAAGGAGACACCAGCUAAAGGAAAAUCUAAAUCAACAAAAGUGAAAAGUCAAAAAGGUGGAAGCUCAAUGAGGAGACUGUCUUUAUAUGUUGGAAAUUUCCCCUGGUGGACAUCUGAUAAGGACCUCGUGUGCUUGGCUGAAACGCUGGGUGUGAGUGACAUCACAGACAUCAAAUUUGCUGAAAACAGAGUAAAUGGUCAGUCAAGAGGCUAUGCAGAACUGGUGGUGACCUCAGAAGAGUCAUUAAAAAUAUUGUUGGAUAAAAUACCCAAAUGUGAAGUCAAUGGGGAAAGGAUAGACUGUCGCUUUGCCACUCGCCAGAACCUCGCCAUGUUUGAGGACACAGCAAAUAAACGUAUACCCCUGCGCGUAAAUUCCAAAGAUCCUAGGGACUCAGAUUCUUCGGAAAUGAUUCCUUCAUUAUUAUCACAGGAGCCCAGCCCUCCCCCAAUGCAUCCCCUUUUUCCAUCUAACCCCUGUGCAAACAGGUUUCCCUCAUUACACAAUCCUUUCCUUAGUCAGGCACCUCCUCCCUUCCCACAUAUGCCACCAAACAUCCCUCAACCCCUGCCACCCCCUUUGUUCCCUCAUCUACCAGUCCAUGUUCCUAGCCAACCAACUUCCAGUCUGCAUAUAAAUCCGGCAGUCUUCACCUCAGCACAAGACGGGCACAGCAGCAAAGUGUACAGCCAACAAAAGCACAUGUGUCAAACUACAGAUGGGGAUUUUGAGGAGCUGAUGAACAGAAACAGAGCUGUUGCCAGCAGCGCCAUCACCAAGGCUGUGUCUGGAGCAACAGCUGGGGACUUGCGGGUGGCCAUGGAGACUCUAUUAACUGCCAUUGCUAUCAUUAAGCAGUCCAGAGUGUAUGGAGAUGAACGCUGCCAAGCCCUGGUCACCUCACUCAAGGACUGUCUAGUCUCUAUCCAGGGCAACCACAGCUACAGGAGUAGCAGUCGCUCUGGGGACGAAGAAAGAGACAGGGACAGGGGUCGUGACAGAGAGCGAGAGCGGGAUAGAGAACGAGACAGAGAAGAUUCUUCUGGUUGGGAAGGCGCGGGAAUGUCUCGAAGACGCAGAGAACGCUCCUGGAGCGGGGAGAGGGACAAGGAACGCUCGCGGGAACGGGAAAGGCACAGAGAACACAGAGACCGAUACCGCUGACUUGACAGAUGGAGUGUGUAAGUGUGAAGCCGAGCGAAGACGGGAGUUUUUGUUUCUGUACCAAGCUGUAUAAAAACCUGGAGUAAUCUAAGAUAAGACUGAAGAUGUAUCUCCAAAAGUCUAAGGUUACAUUUUUUUUGUUCUCCGGCUGCCUGUACAUACUGGGAUUUUUAUCUGGUUUAAGAAAAAAAUGAGAUUGUUGAUUUGUUGCUGGGAAGUGAGAUCCCAGUGCUUGCAUGAGCGGGAACACCUCUGAAUAAUUUAUGUAAUGUAGUGUUUUCAUCACUUUCUUUUGUAUUAAAUCUGCAAAUUAAAACAUUCCCUGAAA